ACUAGCUAAAACUAACUUAACCAGUAAGCAAACUUUUCUCCUAGACAGAUUGGGCGGAACUCGGGUUUGGUUCGUCGGCGCUCCAAUGGCCUCUGCAGCCGCGAUUCUCCGCCUGAGGGGCUUCCCCCACCUCCGGACUCGAGCUCUGAGGGCCGCGCUUCCACGUCGGUGCUCCGUCGGUAUUACCACGCUUGGAACGCCGCAGCAGCCGGAGCCCGCCGUCUCUGUUCGCGAGGUCUCUGCAGCGGUUGGUGCAGGCGGAGUGAGAGGGCUUUCACCGCCCUUGCCGCCUAAACAGAAGGAUAAUACGUGGGAGCACCAUCCGGACAACCGGCGGUGGAAGGAAAAGGAGGGGGAGAUUCUUCUAGACAUCGAGCCAAUCAAGUUCCUUACAAAGGACAUUCUGCACUCUGAUAGAUAUAAGGAUGGGGAGCGGCUUAGUACAGAAGAUGAGAAAGUAGUUUUAGAGAAGCUUCUUGCCUACCAUCCUCAUGCAGUAGAUAAAAUUGGCUGUGGCAUAGAUUCUAUAAUGGUUGAUCGGCAUCCUCAGUUCAGAAACUCAAGAUGCCUCUUUGUUGUGAGGACUGAUGGUGUCUGGAUAGACUUUUCCUAUCAGAAAUGUCUCCGAGCAUACAUCAAACAAAAGUAUCCUUCUCACGCUGAAAGGUUCAUAAGAGAACAUUUUAAGCGCACCUGAACUUUGCCAUCAUCUUUGUUUUGUUUAAUUUUGCAUGCUUUGAACUCACCAGAUUUUGUUAUUUAGUAUGGUGUUUCAAUGCCAUGGCAUUUUCGAUUUU